CGCCCGCGGUCCCGUGAUCGCACGCCCCGCCCGGAGCCCCUCGCCGUCAUGCAGUCCCCGGCAGUGCUCGUCACCUCCAGGCGAGUUCAGAAUGUCCACACGGGCCUGGACCUGAGUGUGCCGCAGCACCAGGAGGUGCGGGGCAAGAUGAUGUCGGGGCACGUGGAAUACCAGAUCCUGGUGGUCACCCGGCUGGCUGCGUUCAAGUCGGCCAAGCACAGGCCCGAGGACGUCGUCCAGUUCUUGGUCUCCAAAAAGUACAGUGACAUUGAGGAGUUUUACCAGAAACUCAGCAGUCGUUACCCAACGGCCAGCCUGCCCCCGCUCCCCAGGAAGGUCCUGUUUGUUGGGGAGGGCGACAUCCGGGAGCGGAGGGCCCUGUUCGACGAGAUUCUGCGCUGUGUCUCCAAGGAUGCCGAGCUGGCAGGCAGCCCCGAGCUGCUGGAAUUCUUAGGCACCAGGUCCCCCGGGGCCGCGGAUCUCAGUGGCAGAGAUGUCUCGGUUCUGGACGCAGACAGCCAAGCAGGGGACGAGGAUGCUUUGGACUUCUUCCAGCAGCAGGACCGAGUGGAAGAUGAGGGUCUCCCCACGCUGGGCCAGCAGGGUGGGGAUGCAGGGAAAUCCUCGGAGGAGGAGGAGGAGGCCCUGGACCCUCUGGGCAUCAUGCGCUCCAAGAAGCCCAAGAAACGUCCCGCAGUGGCCGUGAAGCCCAAAGCCGCGCCCCGGCUCACCAUCUUUGAUGAGGAGGUCGACCCUGACGAGGGGCUCUUCGGCUCGGGCGGGAAGCCCUCUCCCCGGGGCCACGCAGAGGACUCACCCCCCGGGGACCCCCUGAAGCUGUUUGACGAUCCUGACCUCGGUGGAGCUGUCCCCCUGGGUGACCCCUUACUGCUGCCAGCUGCCUCCCAGAGUGGAGGAGCCACACCCCGUGAAGGCCACAGGGAGGCCUCCGAGGAGCUGUUCAGAGUCGAAGAGGACUUGGACCAGAUUCUGAACCUGGGGGCUGAGCCCAAGCCCCGGCCCAAGCCCCGGCCCAAGCCCAAGCCUCCAGUGGCCGCCAAGCCAGCGCUGCCCAGAAAGCCGGCUGUGCCCCCCAGAGCGGGUCCACCUGAGGCUGCGGCCACGCAGCAGCGGAAGCAGCAGCAGCAGAUCCAAGCCAUGGAUGAGAUGGACAUCUUGCAGUAUAUCCGGGACCACGACGCGCCUGGCCAGGCUGCCCCCAGCCUCUUCUGACCACCCCCCAGCCCCCAGACUGUACCCAGGCCAGCAGACCCUCUCCUGUGGAGGGGCGCCUGGUGAGGGGCGGGCUUUGCCCUGCAGGGCCGGAACCGAUCUAUUCCCAAGGGAGGGAGGGUGGAAGCCCGGGUCAGAGGACCCCGGUACUGCCUUCUUCCUUGUUCUCAGGGCUUGCGGGGCCAUGGAACCCUGUACAAUGCAGAGAGCAGGGUCACCAGAGGAACACUGGAGCUUCAGUUGUCUCAGCUGCGUGCAUGGGAGGGGGCAACACGUGGGGAGGCUUGUUCACCAGGCGCCCAAGCCCCCAGGAUGUCAUGGGACUGUGGUGGAGGGGCAGGGAGGCUCUGCUUAGGGCAGGGAAACUUUUCUGCCCACUCGUGCCCCCUGAGUCUGGCAGCCCCAGCACAGGAAGGGAGGCCUGGCCAACUUGGGGUUGGGGUGGGAGUCUGCACGCCAAGGCACUCUGCAGUCUCCGGCCUGUAGGCACUUGGGAGGGCCCCCAGGAGAAGGAUACUGAGUGGGGCCUGGAAGGGCCUGGCUGGGAUGGCUGGCCCUGAUCCAUCUCUGCAUACCAAUGGGCUGAGCAGGGUGCCAAAGCUCAAGCCCGGCCCUGCCCCCGGGGUGUGGACGGCCUGACAAAGCUCUCCGUCUCCUCCCCCUUCCUUUCCUAGGGAAGGCCUGGCCAGACCACAGCCUUCUUGGGCCUCCGGCCAUAGGACCAGUGUCCGCCAUCGCAGCUUCGAGCUGAGUGGGCCCCAUGUCCUCCAGGUCCACCUGCGGUCCAUUUGCCCCUCCCUUUCACGGCAGGCCUGGGCUGGAUGCUCUCGGGCUGCUCGUGAAGGCUCUCUCUGUCCAGUGGUGGAUUUGUCUGUCAGGCCUCCCCCCCUGCCCAUCCUUGGGGUCUGGACUUACUCACCAGCCUUCCGCCCAUGGGAGCCCCCUCCCCAGAAGCAGGUUCUGCUGGGCCCGGCAGAACCAGUCAGUGCCUUAGACUUCUCCCCGAGCCCCACACCCCAGCAUAGGGGUCAGGGUGUGCUGCGGCGCUCAGGAAAUUCUCCAUGAGUGGUGUUUAAUGGAGGAAAGAAUGCCUUUUUUGAUACAUUCUUCACAUUCAAAAUUAGUUUUUAAUGAAACACAGGUUUUAAAGGAAAUGCAACCAUUGUCAUCCCUGGGGUUGUGCUGCUUGACAAGAGGAUUAGAAGAUGGGGUUUGGGGCUAGGACCCCAGGCCCUUCCUGAUCUGGACCAACUCUGAGGGAGUCCCCCCACCGACCAGGGCUGGUGUCAGAGUCUCUGUAGCACCCACCACCCUGUGCCAGCACCCAAAGACAGGUGGGAGCACUCAGCCUGUCCUGCGGCUCCUGCACCUUAGUGAAAAGUCCGUCGGCUCCCACCACCUGGGCCAGAGUGAGAAGAAACAGGUGGCUCUGGGGGCCCCCUCUCCCCGCUUUACCUUGCCCGAGGGUGCUCUCCCUGGGGACCCCCAGCACGUGCCACCCCUCUUUCCUCUCACUGCCAGGCCUUCACACCCCAUCCCUCAAGCACAGGUGGACGCCCCCACCCUGCCCUGGGGUCUGCACCUGUCUGACUGCAGGAGGGCCCCCGAAGGAAGCCACAGUGGUGGGUGAGGGGCCACCUCGGGCUCUUUCCCCUCCCUCCCUGGCCCCCUCCCCUCCACCACGCCCUCCGCCCCCCUACACAUGUGACAUAGGAACAGGGUGUUGCUGGCAGCAGCCCGGUGCGGGGAGUGCUGGUCCUCCGGUGGGGGUCACAGGCAGAACUCACCACUCUGGGGAGGCUUCAUCCACUGUGAACCUGGCCUUCUCCCAGGUGGCUGGCCCCUGGGACAACCCCCCCGCCCCCAGCAGAGAUGCGUGCCUCCGGAUACGGAUGCGCUGUGACCCACCAGCCAACCCAAGACCCGGUCAUCCAAUAAAAAGUCUGUGUCGGGGCUCA